AUGCCGAAAAAAACUCGUUCGAAAAAUAAAAGUCAUAGUGGUGUUGAUAAACAAGGUAAAGUAUUAAAAACCAAACGAAAAACAAAAGAUCUUGAUGAAGUACAAAAAACGAUGGCUGCGGAAACAGCUCGUCAAUUAUUAAAUCAACCGAUUGAUUAUGAUGUACCUGGUGCAGGACAACAUUAUUGUUUGUAUUGCUCAAAAUAUUUUAUUGAUGAGCAUAAUUUACAACAUCAUAUCAAAGGGAAAUUUCAUAAACGAAGAGUAAAAGAUUUAAAAACUGAAGCAUAUACAUUGGAAGAAGCUGAACGAGCAGCUGGAAAAGGACAAUAUCGAGCACCACGACCUAUCGAUGUACCAAGUGAUCAAAACAAGCUUUAUCAGAUGGAUACUGAUGCUGUUGAAGAUGUUAUUUCGUCUUAA